GGGGCGGGGAGCCGCAGCCAGUCCAGUCUCAGUAGUGCCUGCCUGCCCCGCCGGUCCGCCGGUCACCAGGGAGACGCGACGUCUCGGUCCGGCCCGAGUGACAACACCGCGAGAGACGCGUCGCGAGACGCAAUCGUCGCGACUGGCCGCGCUCUCCGCGUCGCGGGCCGCAGCCAAGUGAACCACGACCACGACCGUGCCCUGCAGUGACCCGGGAUAUACGGCACACGCGUCGGCGGACAAUAUUUCCAACUAAAUCAACACUAAUUAUACUUCAAAAUGGUAUCAUCAAAGACCCUAUUGGUGCUUCUGCUAGCUCUUGCUAUUGAGGCUCAAGCAAUUAAUGUGGCGGAACCAAGUGCUGUGGAUGUAGCUCGCAUGAAAACCAUAUUCUUGACUCAACAUUUGUGGAGAAAUGUUUCAAAUCCUCACUUCACCACCAUGGUGCGACAGGAAACAUUGGAAUCCACAAUGCAUCUGAUAGAUGCACUUGAAUCACUUUCAAAGGCCAUGAAAGAAAUUGAUGUUCCCUCAGUAGAAGAAAAAUUGCACUUCAUCUACAGAUGGGAACGAAUACAGGCCCACUCCCAUGGAGUGCAUUCACUGUUUGAAACUUUUGCUACUUUCAUGAGAAAACAACAAGAAACCCAACAAAUUUCAUCUAAGAGAGCAUGGCUAGAUAUUGCAGAAACUCUUCUGCAAGAUCUAUCUUCAUCAGAAAAUAUUCACAAAUUAAUCUUGUCUGCAGCUGAUAAAAAGGAAAAGAACACAACAAUUUUUGAGGCAGCUCUAAGGGAACACACCAGCAACACAUGUGACAACAAGCAAUCGACACAACUGAUGUUGUACAAUAUGUAUGCUGGAAUGCAGCUAACUCAAUUGAAAUCCUACAUUAUGGGGCAGAGUGCCUGUGCCUUGCUGCAAAUAUUUGAAAAGGGUGAUUAUGAGGAGAGAGCCAAGCAAAUGACCGAACUUCUUACUAAAAGAACACAACAACAAGCAAGUGCUGUGCUCAGGGCAAUGAAGCAAGCAAGCAGAACAAUGUUGCGCUGUGACCCAAGGCAUUAUGAGGAACACAAAACUUAUGAGCAGUUCACACGUCUCCUCCAGGGCUAUAUAGAAAAUGAGGUAGAUAUGAACCCAAAUCAAAAUUGUCGAGGAAGUUGCAAAAAUUAUGAAUUUACUGAGAGCUACGGAUGCUACAAUGAUAAAUUUUGCAGUCAGCAGCCAAAAUGUGAAGGACGUAUAAUUGACUGCCAAUUUAUUGAAUCAGACAUGAAAGUUUGUCAAUCUCAUCCAGGAGAAGUUAGGCGAUAUGAAUAUAUAGAGUAUAAAAAAAAUACUUUGCUUGGAACAGAUCGAAUCACUCACACACCUGAGGCCAAUUGCACUCUUGUCACUGUAAACAGCUGGUGGAGAUUCUUUCUCCCAGCACAUUGUUCUUACUGCUUCUGUUUGUGUGAUGAACCAAGUUCCCUUUCUGAUCGUUUUGUUAGCUUAAGCCCUGAAGUGGCUGAUGUCACCAAUAACAAAGUUAUUACUGGACUUCGUUUUGUGAAGAAAAACAGAGUGAUCUACCUUCAAAUACAGGAGGGUUCUUUACUACCCCAUGGAGCAAUCAAUGCUUCAAGCCUUCAAUGGAAACCAGUCAAUGCGAGUAAAAACGAGUACAAAAUGUCCUGGGAAAAACGUGACAUUGAUCUUGAUAACUUAGAAGCGCCAGAGGGGCACGUCCUCACAGGGAUCCGCUUCCAGGAAGUUGGCACCCAUUUGAAUAUGGAAAUUAUGGUGUCACCUCUAAUUUAUCAUAAAGGUAUUUUGAAAAGACCAACUGAAUUGAGUUACUGGAUCGGAAACUCAAACACGGACAGUGCCUUAGAAAAUCCGAGAUCUGAACUAACACUUUCUUCCAAAAAUGUUCCACAAGACACAAAUGGACCAUGUAAAUUGGAUUCACAGCAUGACUCAUUUCUGAAAUUUACUCACUCCGACAUAGUAACUGAUGCUGCACAAACAACAGUUCCAUUCCUGGACAUUCAGCCUGUAACACUUGAUCCGCCCACACUGCUUGGAGGAGCAGGGCUUUACCAUAAAGGAUCAGAUAGUUCAUCAGGAUUUGUUGCAUUAAAGGUUUUUAACUAUGACAUUUCAAAGCAUGUCAUUGGAAAUGAACUUAGAUAACUGUUGUUAAGUAAAAUUAUCUUAUGUAUUCAAUAAAAUAUCUUUGCACUCAGUUAAAGAACUUAAAAAAAGUCUGGCUGUGAAGCUCAGUGAAUCACUACAUCUUGCUAAGAUCAGAGGGAGAAAGUAAUGCUCCUCGUAUUCUAGCAAGAGAACAGAUACUUCAUAGAUAAAAUAAAUUUUGUCUAAAAUCAUAA